GCGAACAGGAACACGCAGACAGAGGCAGACGGGAUCGGCAGUUUGGAGGCAGCUGUUCAGGUUCAAGAGAAGAAGACCCGACGAUCGCAACUUUCCGCAGAGCAAAUGUGUAAAGCGAUGGUACAACGGACCGGCCCCCACCUGCUUCUCCUAAUAGCGGUGUGCAGUGUGUUAUACUCCCGGACUCUGAGUCUACCGUACGCAUCCACGAGACCGAUUAGACAUGCAGACGGUUUGUUCACCAGCGGAUACAGCAAACUCCUGGGGCAGCUGUCGGCGAGGAGGUACCUGGAGUCUCUGAUCGGGAAGCGCGUCAGUGAUGACCUGGUGGAGCCGGCGAAGCGCCACACAGACGGCAUCUUCACAGACAAGUACAGCCGCUUCCGGAAACAGAAGGCGGCCAAGGAGUACCUGAACACUCUCCUAAAGGGAACGAGAAGCCUAGAAGAUCCUGGGACCAGCGAAGCGGAGGAGUCCAGGGAUGAACCCAGCUCUUUCCAGGAGCGCUACGAUGACAUCAGCGUAGACCACCUCCUAAACAACUUUCAGCUGCCACUUUGAGGAGGGGUCCACGUUGGAAUGAACACCUCAUCUCAUCUUAUAAAAAUGCUCUUUACAAAACUAACAAACAAAAAAAAAAGAAAUCAACUUUUUUUUUUAGUGCACACACAUGGUAUUCGAGGCAAAAGACAUUCAGAAAGAUUUGACCAACAGUGGUAUGUUUUUUGGUGUGGCUAUUUAUCUAUCCAUCUACACAGUACAUGUUUACACUGUAUGUACACAGUAUGUAUUCAGAUCAUGGUAACGGUUAAAGAUUCUGCAGGCAGCACUGAGCAACGUGUGUGUGUCUGUGUGCAGGUUUGAUUGGUCAGAAAUGCUACGGGAGGAGUUUAUUUAAAACUGGGGGCCACGUUUGUCUGUUUCCAGGUUUCGUUCUUCUUUUUCCAAAAAGUUUCUGACAUUGGCGUCAAAUGUAUUUUUUCCUUUCAACCAAAGAUGAGCAUCCCGAUUUCCAAAGACGAUUCUCAGCUGUGUAAAGUCUUAAGGAAUUCUCUCAGAUUUACAUUUGGAGACGGUCUGUUAUAGAGUCCAUCUGAUUUUCAGUGCCAUACAUUUCCAUAAGCUUUUAUUUUUUUUUCUUUUGAAGAAUAUAUAGACACCACAUAUUUUGCUAUUUUGUUAAACUUGUUGUAUUUCCUGUUUUUGUCUUAAUGUCUACAAAAAAUGGUGUUUAAAUUGGAAAGUUCAGAAACAAAAACAGAUUUUCCUCUGGCCCACUGAUUUAUUGACUUAACUCGUAAAUGUACAUUUUUGGGGAAUAUUAAUUGUAGAGUUUAAUUUUUGGCAAAGCAACUAGGAACGUUGUUUAAAAAAAAUCAUUCCCUAGCUACAUAGUUGGUUAAAAACAGCAUGGUUCAAACAACAUAAUUUUGAAAGUUGUGUAAUUGGUGUACCUAUGUGUUUGCAUUAGACCUGUAGCACACAUCUCUGUCAUUAAAAUGUGUGUUUAUAAUUAUUAAAUUACUUUAAUUACAAGCCAGUCAUGUUCUGUAAGAUCUUCCAGUUUGUCAGCUGCAAAGGGACUUCCAUUGAUUUCUGCAUAUUGAGAAUUUCACAGUAUAACGAAAAACCUGCCAUUUUUGUUGUUCUUGAAUGUUAAAUGAUAUAAAUUGUAACAAUGAGCCAUGGGCUCCGUUCAUUUCUAGUGGUGUAUUUUCUGGAACGAUUGCGGAGCGUUUUUGUCGAGUCUGUAAGCGAGUCUUUGGAUUGUGAAAGAAGGAGGCUGCAAGGCAAAGGGCCGAAACUCAGAAAGGACACGGAUGCAUAUAAUCACUUUAUACUAUUCGACAUAUAGAGCAAAGAGGUUUUCAUUGUGCGUGGAACUGCCUUCGGCACAUAUAGUGUCGUGGACAGGAGUGACCAAAUAAAAGAUGUUGGUUUAUUUUUCAAAGCU